AGUUCGAAACUACAGACGCGUUGCAGCCCCACUGCAUCAUUAUUUCUAGGUGCUCCUCAAUGGCUAGACUGCGCCACACGGUAGUUCCGCGUCUUGAAGCUUUAUUCCAAUUCAUCAUCCGUUCUCGUCUGACUUCCUCUGACUUCCUCUAGACACUUCUGACCUCUUUUCAUCCACUAUUUCUAUUUACUCACCUCUCAACUUAUCUCCUUUCGUUUCUGUCUUUCGUCCGCUUCCUGGAACCGCCUCUCGCGAUGUUUUCCAAAUCAAAGACGAGCACUUCCCAGUAUACGCCUCUCUCGCGACCAGGCGGUGGCGAGGGUUCCAGUUCAAGUACAUCUCUGGAGAAGCGCUCCUCUGAGGAUGAUGACGAUCACCCCUUGCUGGAAUCCUCGGAAAACCUCCCCGGUCUCCAAGCACCCAAACACUGGCAGCUUCCCAAGCUCAUCCUCUACUUUUCUUUCGCUCUCGCGCUGCUGUCAUGUGCGAACAUCGCACUAUUCCCCGCGACACUGUCAAACUACGCAGCUUACCCCUAUACCGACGCUGAGCUCAAUGCCCUACCCUACGGCGACGCCAGGUUGGGGCUGGACAGAGCAGCAAAGAUUCUUCGCCCGCCGAGAGAGUAUCUCCGCGCCUGGCCAGACAGGGUUGUGCGAGUGAGCCGCAAGUUGAAGAAUUCGGUAUGGGGAAACGGACCGCAAGUCUAUGUGACAGUCGAGGACUCAACAAUCAUGCGUUUCCCGGUUCCUACCGCCGGCAUCAACGCCUGCGCAAUUUCCUGGCACGCGCCUCCGGAGAACUCCACGCGCAUCAAGGACCUGACCACCAAGGGUGACAUUUCCGAAAUUGAAGUAUGGCAGCUUAUCGCACCCUCGGCCACUUCGAAGCCCGGCUCUUCCACGAACAUGGACGAGCUCGACUACGACACGGUGUCGUACUCGGCUCUCCCUGUGCGCGGCGAGCUGCUCGGCGUGCUGGACCUCACCAUGAAACCGAACAGCACGACAGUGGAGCCAGGGUGCGGACAGGGAGACUGCACCACCGCUCUCGCUACUGUUGUGGGCGAGCAAGGUACCGUGGUGGCCGUUGAUCCGGCCUCGUUGGACUAUGGUGCACCAUACACUCUCAAGCAAGCACAGGAUCACAUCUCACAAGGUCCGCUUGGCAAACGCAUCACCUGGGUCCAACAAAGCCCCAAGGACUAUGUCUCAUCCCUCACUUCAACUAGCGACGCCAAGGCCUUCGACGCAACAGUUCUCGCCCACUGCCUCUGGUACUUUUCCUCCCCCUCCCUAAUUCUAGAAACCUUCCGUGCAAUCAGGCAGCAUAGCAAACGUCUUCUGCUCUCUGAAUGGUCUCUGGAAGCAACUCGCCCCUCCGCCCGGCCUCACGUCCUGGCCGCCCUCACCCAAGCCGCGCUAGAGUGCCGCAAAGGCGAAGAGAGUAUCUCAAACGUCCGCACGGUGCUGGGCCCGAAGCGACUCACCGAAUUGGCUUUGGCGGCUGGAUGGCAACUGGAAAAGGAGACCUGCGUGCAAGGCGGCGAAGGGCUACAGGAUGGACAGUGGGAGGUCUCUGCCUGUCUUGGAUCCGGUUUCGCUCGCGAGCGCGCCGUGGUCUUUGCGUUGCGCGAUGCUUGCGAGGCGAGUUUGGACGGUGUACCGGGGGGGAAGAAGGGAGUUGCUGCCAUGGAUGUCUGGGUUGCGAGCUUCGUCUGA